AUGUGGAGUGGAUACUCCUCCGGAAUGGUUCCCCAUUUACCAUCUCCAAUUGUGAUGAGCUCCUUCACUCUUGCUCCCUCGGUUCCACCUGGGAUUGUCAACCCUAUGGCUGCAGUGGGCUUCCUCGUCCCUCUGGCUCUGCCUUGGUCAGUCAUCACUCUGACUUUGCCAUGGACUUACGGGUCUUCGUCUGUGACCUGUCCCUCCACCCGUCAGUUUCCUCCUUCAGCUCUGACUUGGUUUUCGGUCGCACCGCUUCCACCUCAGUCCUCUGGCGCCCUGGCUCCACCUCAGUCGUUCAGUGCUGAAGCUCUGCCUUGGUCUCCAGGACCUUCAGUGUCCCCGGUAUCUACAGCUUUUCAGCUCCAACUCGGUCUCCACUUUCCACACUGUCUAAAGUCCAUCGUUCCCUGGUUCUGCCUGGCAAGGCUCCACCAUGGCUCCUCCCUCGGCUCUGCCAUGGGCCUGCGCACUGGUACUUCUGUGUGGGGCUCUUCCGCCUUCCGCUUGGCUGCUUCUACCUUCAUCUCCACCCUGGCUCCUGCUGCCUCGGUCUUCACCCAGCUUUCUCUUUGCCCUGGCUCAGGCUGUCCAGCAUCCCGGCUCUGCGUCCCCAACCUAAGCCACCUCCCUCUGCUGGACUUAUUGUCACAUAAUGUUCUGUUCUGGUUGGUUGUGCGUGGUCCCUCUGGUCCUCUGGUUGCUCCUCUGGGAUCUUCAGUGGUUUUGCCCUGUUAUGUUGAUGAACUCUUACUAAUGCAGGGUCUGGAGGUGGAAUGGAGAAGAACAGACUCAGAGACUCUGGUUCAUCUUUAUCAAGAUGGUGAGAGUCGAGCAGAGUCCCAGCAGCAGGAUUAUCAUGAUAGAGCUCAUUUCUUUACUGAUCAGAUUCAACAUGGAAACUUCUCCCUCCGUCUGGACAAUCUGACAGCUGAAGAUGAGGGACGAUACACAUGUACUGUUCACAGUCAGCAGGAUUCUGGUGAGAUUGUGGUUGAAAUAAAAUAUCUUGAGCGUUUGCUAGUAUCAGGAUCAGAUGAGUCCAUAUCUGCGUCUGUGGGUGAGGACGUCACUCUGAACUGCUCUGUAGACUCUCACAUCGCACCUGAACACAUUGAAGAGGUUUCUUGGAGGAAAACAGAUGGAUAUAUUCUGGUUCUGCUCUACCAAAACAAUGAGACUUUAUCAGAUUCAUCAGAUGAGCGAUACAGAGACAGAGCUGAGUUCUUCACUGCUGAAAUCCCCAAAGGAAACUUCUCUCUCAGACUGAAGAGCAUCAGAACUGAGGAUAAAGGAGUUUACAUGUGUCAAGUGUUUGCUGGAGGACUUUCAGCCAAUGCAACGGUAGAACUGGAGCAACUGGGUUUCUCUGUUUCACACAUAAUGGUGUUGAUUCUCUGUAUAUCUGCAUCUGGAUCUGCACUCCUGCUCUACUGGCUGAUCUACUGCAGACCACAUAAUGAAGGUAUAUAUCAACAGCAACGAUAUUAAUAACUAGAUAGGAAAGUUCGUCGAGACAAACUUUAAGUUGGCUUGAGAAAGACGGACCAGAAAGUUUGAAAAGUUAAAAAAGUUUGAAAAGUUUUAAAAAAGUUUAAGAAGUUUAAAAAGUUUAAGUUUGAAAAAUGUUAAAAGUUUUAAAUUUGAUGGGUUUCAGUCUGAAAUAGUUUGAAGUUUAAAGUAGUUUUAAAAGCUUAAAGUUUGACACAUAGAUAGAUAGAUAGAUAGAGUCAGAUUAUAGAUCGAUAGAUAGAUAGAUAGAGUCAGAUUAUAGAUAGAUAGAUAGAUAGAUAGAUAGAUGAAGUCAGAUUAUAGAUAGAUAGAUAAGAAACAUUAGAUAGAUGAGUUUGAAUGGAUUAGAAAUAGUAUUGGGUCAGUAUGACCUCAAUCAACUUUCUUUAGUUAAAAAAUGUUUCCCUUCAUCUCAGUGGAAUAAGAUUUUGUGACUUUUCAACAUUUUCUAUCUGUAUUCACAUUAAAAAUAAU